AUGUUACCGUCAACUGAUCCUUACAUAGACGUGGUAGAACUGUGUGCACUCUUGCAAUGUUUAGGAUUUGGUAUUAAGUCCCUGGAUACAACCGAUGGAAAUCUUAGCGGGGAAGGAACACGCACUGUUACUAUCAACUGCCAGGCGUCGGGAAUACAUGUAGUGCUGGACAGUGCAAAUUUUAGUUGCUCAUGUCCGAGCUUCAUCAGUCAACAGAAUAGCGGCUUCUGGCAAGUAUCUGGUAUGACGGGAGGCAAGGAAUACAGCAAGGAAUGUGGCAGUGCCCUACUUGGAUCUCUCCCGAAACCUCAUAGAGAACGGCUUACAAAGGAACUACAGGAUAUAGUGCGGUGUAUCAAAGAACAUAACGAAUCAGAUGUAGAGAAGAAACACGAAGCAUUGUCCAAUAAAUCAGCCAGUAUGAUCGAGCUGAAGACACCUGAAAAACGACAACAGCUGAAACCCGAAACGCCUACACGCUACCGCUCGUUGGACGCGCUUACCGCCAAGGACGACCAGCUGCCCGCGCCCGGACCACUCACCAAGGACGAUGACAAAAAGGGUCCAGAAAGUACUAAACAAUUCGCAUCUAGCCCUAAUCUGUCUGGUUUAGGAGUACACGAUGAUUAUAUGAAAAGGUUCAAGCGUGUAGAAAGCGCUUCAACGUCAAAUUUGACAGCUAAACCGGCGGCGAAAGAGGGAAAAUUAUCCAAACUAAAAAGAAUAUCACCAAAUUUAUUCAAAUUUAAAAACAGUCCUAGCUCUGUUAACAAACGAGACAAAUGUGAUGAUGUCAAAAGUAGCAAAACAAACAGUUUAACGAAAUCGAAAAUAGCUACACCGGUGAGGGUAGAAAGGAGUAAGGCGAAUAGUCCGAAUGUUAGUGGAACGACAAAGAAAUUUGGCCAGGUGAAGUCCACAAUACCGAGACUAGCUUCGAAGAAGGAGUAA